AUGAACUCGCACAAGAGUAAUAUCGCCGCUUUAAAUUGUGCCCUGUGCAAGAUGAUGUUAAUACAACCGGUGAGAGUGAAGGUAAGUGUUUUUUGCAUUAUUGCUUUCGACUUUUAGGGAUGAAUUGACAAAAAAUGGGAGAAAAUGAUUGAACUGCACAGUGCAAUAUAAAUUUUGAGAGAUAUUUUGUCGUAUGAAGUGUCGGCUGGUAUGACACUCAAAUUUUUGGAUGGUAUUAGGGACGGUGGGCCAAAUUUCAUAGCUCUGGUUAUGUUGUGUCUUUGCGAGCGAUCUGAACUUCAAAUUUUCUGGGCCGCACUGUGCAAUUGCUCUUUUUGUCUAUUGCACUGUGCAGAGAACAAAAUAAAGAAUGCUGUGGUGUUUUAUGAGCGUCCUAGAGGUCCAUGCAAAAUUUAAUAAAGUUUUGAUCGAAUUCCAUGCCCGUUGCACUGUGCAAUUUCCAGUUUUUUUCUCCGCACUGUGCAAAAAACCGAACAUUUUUUGCACGGUGCAGUUAUAAUCAUGGUAAACCAAGUUUGUUGCAAUGUUCUCACCAACUUUUAGAGCUGUUCGCAUCGCUUCUGUGGAGCUUGUAUGCAUAGUUAUCGGCGAGCUCACCACCGCCAAUGCCCAUCCUGUUCUCACUCCCUUAUCGCAGAUGACGGCCGAGAGAAUUGGGAGCCGGAUCCCGAAUUCGAACGCAUUGUCUGCGUCUAUGUAAGUUUAGUUUUGGUUUUUCAAGCCUAUAAAGGUGCGAAAAUAUUAUUUUUUCCAAUUUUAGAGACUAAAAGAAACCCGUUAUGUUAACGGUGCUAUGACACAAUCUCAGAUUUUAAACCUUCGAAAACAACUCCGGAGGGCGCAGAAAAUGGAAGACGAGGUGUGUGUGGUGUUAUGGCCCGAUGUAUCGGCCAGACGACUGCCUCGCGCCGCGAAUCGGGUUCGAUAUGUGAUUAUGGAUGGGACCACGACAACAGGUGGGUAAAUUAAUAUAAUUUUUGGUUGGAUUUUAGGUUUUUUUGAUGGAUUAUUUAAUCUGGGACUUGAUUGAGCACAGGAGUUGGGGUUUUAUGUUAUUUGAGCCUGGAAAUUGCACUUUGCGAAAAAAAAUUUUUUUUUGCACCGUGCAGUCAAAAAAAUUUUUUCGUAUAAUAGGCCUAAAAUUGCAUGUAGGUUAGUCUACUGGGUCUAGAAUUCAAUAUUCUCUCCAUUUUUUUCUAAUUUAGAGUAUAAAUUCCUCAAAAUUUCAAAUUUUUAAAUUUUUGCACCGUGCAGUCAAAAAAAUUUUUUUUUCGUAUAAUGGGUCUGAAAUUGCAUCUAGGCUCCUCUACUGGGUCUAAAAUUUAAUAUUCGAUUAAAUUUUCUCCAUUUUGGCGCAUAAAUUCCUCAAAAUUUCAAAUUUUGAUAUUACCCAUGACACUUUUCCCAUUUCAGUCCACCACCUAGCCAAUUUCAUCCUAAUCCGAACGAAAGUGGAAACCAAAAACCCCAACCCCAAUCCUGACGAUUUUCUAGUCGAAUUCGCGCCGGUGAUCUUCGACAAACCCGACUUUUUGCCCGACCAACUCCCCUCCACGGCCGUUUUGUUCCGCCCGAACCAAGUGAAGCCCCCGCGACGCUCCGCCGACCCCCCGGACGCCGACGAGCCACCCUUCAAGACUCCGAAUCAAAUGCUGGCCAUCCAGUACCCCUUCCGACCACUGCCCAACGAGAUGAAAAUGGGCGAAGUGAAGCGACAGUACUACCGCAACACAAGAAAGACCUUCAAACUCCUGUUCCGCAUAUUCCAUCGACACGAAACGAAUGGAACCCAUGCGGAAUGUAAAAAGUAA